CAAACCAGCCUAGCGCAGCAGCUUUGCUAGUGCGUCUCUACUCCCGUUAUUACGACUAAACGCUACGUACAGCAUGGCGGCCCCCAUGCAGAGCAUUCACAGUAUGUCACACAGCGACAACGCUGUGUUACCGAAGAAGUUCUUUUAAAGACUCUGCCAGUAAACUGAAAAAACCCACAUAGAACCAACCCCGUCUUCCUUUAAGCAACGUGUGUGCAUCUCACAUGUUGACUAAGAGGCUGCACCGUCUCCAGGGUUUCCUGUUACUGGUUUCCAGGCGUGCCAGUAAUGUUGCCAAACAGCAGUAUGACGUCAUAGUGGUAGGGGGGGGUCAUGCAGGGACCGAGGCGGCGGCGGCGGCAGCCAGAGUGGGUGCGGAGACCCUCCUGGUCACGCAGAAAAUACACACCAUCGGUGCCCUCUCCUGCAACCCUUCUCUGGGUGGAGUGGGGAAGGGCCAGCUUGUCAAGGAAUUAGACGCUCUGGAUGGGUUGUGCGGUCGAGCAGGAGACUGGGCUGGGAUUCAUUUCUCCAUCUUGAACCGUAGGAAAGGCCCUGCCGUGUGGGGCCCCAGAGCUCAGCUGGACCGCCAGCGAUAUCGUGAAUUCAUUCAGUCUGAGCUGCUGGGAACUCACAGGCUGACGGUGUUGGAGGGAUCGGUGGAGGAGCUACUGGUAACAGAACCAAACCCAGAGAAGCCCGGAUGCCACAGAGUCACUGGGAUUCGUUUGGCAGGUGGAAGCCGCUCCAUCUCUGCCAGCUCUGUGGUUCUUACUACUGGUACUUUCUUGUCCGGCUCCCUCUUCGUGGGUCAGACCACGUCGCCCGGGGGGCGCAUUGGAGAUGCUCCAUCGAGUGCUGGGCUGUCUCAUACGCUGAGGGAGGCUUUGGGGCUCAGGACGGGCAGACUGAGGACCGGCACACCUCCCAGGAUCGUAAAGGAUUCAGUCGAUUUCUCCCAGGCUGAGCUUCACCCACCUGACGAGCGUCCUUCUCCAUUCAGCUUCCUGAACACACACACCCGCUGUAAGCCUGAAGAGCAGCUACCCUGCCACCUGACACUAACUACCCCGGGUGUGGAGAGAGUGGUGAGGGAGAGUCUUCACCUCAACUGUCACAUACAGCAAGACACCAAAGGCCCCAGAUACUGCCCCUCUAUUGAAUCGCGAGUGCUUCGCUUUCCAGGCCGCAAGCACCAGGUGUGGCUGGAGCCAGAAGGGGUGACCUCCGACCUUUUGUACCCCCAGGGUUUGUCUAUGACCAUGCCCCCGGACGCGCAGCUCCGCCUCAUCAGAGAAAUCCCCGCCCUGCACCGGGCGGAGAUCCACACACCAGGUUACGGGGUGCAGUAUGACUUCGUGUGCCCCACUCAGCUGGACCCCUCCCUUCAGGUGAAAAACACCCAGGGGCUCUUUCUGGCCGGCCAGAUUAAUGGAACAACGGGGUAUGAGGAGGCUGCAGCACAGGGCCUGUGGGCCGGGGUCAGUGCUGCUCGCUCGGCGCUCGCCAUGCCCCCCGUGACUCUGUCUCGGACGGAGAGCUACAUCGGCGUUCUCAUUGAUGAUCUUAUAAGUCGAGGCGUCACGGAGCCCUACCGCAUGUUCACCAGCCGGGCAGAGUUCCGAACGGCUCUGAGGCCGGACAACGCGGACCUCCGCCUCACGCUGAAAGGGUUUGAAGAGCUGGGAUGUGUGUCAUCCCAGCGCUAUUAUGAGACUGUGAGAGUGAGGGACAGUCUCCGGGAUGCACUCGAAGCCCUUCAGAGUAUUGUCCUGUCUGCUGCCAACUGGAGAAAAAAGAUGCCCGACAUCCUCAUGAGUGAGAACAAAUUCACGAGUCUAAGUGGUCAGGAUGUGUUGCAGUACAACACCGUGUCCUUUGAAAUGCUGGCGUCUGCCUUCCCAGACACUCUCUCCCCUUAUAUGGAAUUUUCCCAAAGGCUCAAGAUAGAGGCUGUGUACAGGCCUCACUGUGACCUCCAGAGGAAAGAGAUCGAGAGAAUACAGAAGGAGGAAAACAUGGCUCUCCCACAAGACAUUGACUAUUUCUCGCUACCAGUUUCUCUGUCUCAGGAAGUCAGAGAGAUUCUGGACAGAGUGCGGCCGAGCACCCUGGGAGCUGCGACACGGUUACAAGGCAUAACUCCUGCUGCAAUAGUUCACCUCCUCAACUAUGUGAGGCACACGGGACAAAAGGAGACAAGAACGCACAGUAAAUACGACAAGAACAGAGAAGAGCUUCACACUGAAAAUGCAUCUUUAGUGAAAUUGUGACACAAACUGUCUUUUAAAAAUAUGUAUUCUGAAAAAUGUACACAACAAUGAAUAAAAUGAGAAGGAAAUCCGA